AUGAAUCUAUCACAAGUUAGUAGUCGUUAUUUGGCAUUCAGACGACGUUCAACUAAGACUGGGUUCAUCAGUGCACUAAAAUCACGGCGUAAUCGCUCAGCAAGUGAUUCAGUUGUUCAUCGGAAACUUUUUUGCAAUUAUGAAGAAAAAAUUGAGAUUAUCGUUGAACUUCGAAAUUUUACUGAUAGAUUUACCACAUCAAGCAAUAGCUAUGUCUUCAGUGUCCUUUAUGAAAAUGAUAAUGAAAACGAGAAAACAUGGCUGUUGCAUUCAACAAGCGAACCAGAAUUGCUAUGCUCUAAUCAUAUUUCUUUUAAUAUGUCCUUUACUGUUGACUAUCUCUUUGAAAGAGUACAGCUAAUGAAAAUUGAAAUAAGAGAUUUUUCGAUAGAUACUUCACAUAAAAAUACAAUUGGUAAUGUCAUUGGUAGUUCCAUAUUCAAACUCGAUGAGUUAAUUGGCGCAUUUGGUACACAACUUCAGUUACCGCUAAGUGCAAAAACAUCAUCAAUCAGUCAACUUGAUGCGGUACCACAACAAUCAUAUUGUGGUUGGAUUCUUGUCUCUGCUCGUUUACCUGAAAAACCAGCACCUGUAAUAUUGCAAUUUUCCGGGAAAAAUUUACAAAAAAAGGACAAAUUUUUCGAUGAAACAUCAGUUUUCUUUGCAAUAUAUAAAAUAGAAAAUGAUAAAACAAAAACGGAGUUGUAUCGAAGCGAACAUAUACGAGAACAUUCUCAUCCUAUUUGGCGACCAUUUAAUUUACAUUUGAGGAAAAUUGCUGAUAAUAGAAACAGAUUGCUAGAAGUAUCUGUUAUGUAUCGCGAUGAAAUGAAUAAAAUCGGCCUAAUUGGUUCUUUUUUAACAACAUAUGCAAAAAUGAAAUAUGGUCCAGGCGAGGAAAAUGUUUACAGUUUAAUUAAUCCUAAAAAAAAGUCAAAAAAAGGAUAUUUAAAAAGUGGAACAAUGGAAUUGAUUAAAUUUAGCGAUGUAUCAUUUUACACCUUUUUGGACUAUAUCACCAGUGGAACUCAACUUCAUCUUGCGAUAGCAGUGGAUUUUUCAACUAAUUUAACUGUGAACAAACUGAACGAUACACAUAUAUUUGACAAUGAUUUCCAUUGUGCUAUUAAAGGUAUCGCUGGUAUUAUUCGAGACUACAACUCAAGUAAAAUGUUUCCGGCAUUUGGUCUUGGUGCUAAAAUUCCAUCAGCAUUAAAUAAUUCUCAAGUUUUUCAUUUGAAUUUCGAAUCAAAACCGUAUUGUCGAGGUAUUGACAGAGUGUUGGAAGCAUACAAAAAUGCUAGACGAAAAGUGAUGCCUAGUGAUCGAGCCGAAUAUUCACUUGUUGUUAAUGCUGUAGCUAAAAUGGCGCAAAAUGAAGGUAAACUUGGAUUGCAUUAUUUCCUUUUGCUCAUUUUUGCAUCGAGCAGUUCAAUUGUUAAUUCCGAAAAAAUGAUGAAUGCUGUAAGAAAUAUGACAAAAGCGCCAAUUUCGAUUAUAUUUUUGGGAAGAAGAGUGACAGAAUUGAAUACAUUUAACAGUGUCACAAUUUCUAAGAAAAGUGAACUACCGGGUGAUGAUGUAUCAUUGAAUUCUGAUUUUGUUGAGUUUAUCGAUUUAAAUUCGAUAAUGAUAAAUGAAGCAACACCAAAGCAAAAUGCAAAACGAAUAGCUGAGAGAGCUCUACGUAAUGUUCCAUGGCAUUUGAUAACUUAUAUGCAUAAAAAUAAUAUUGCUGCAAAACCACCGAUACAGAUCAAUCGAUCAUCAGUUUUCCAUUCAUCAUGUUUAAUCCCACAUCGACCAUCACGAUAUGAGGAACAGUUAUACCGUGAUAAAAAGGAACAGAAUCGUAUCAAGUGUAUCACGUCAACUACACCACCAAUAUUUCGCUCGCAAUCAUUAAUAAAUGAUAUGGAUGAUGAAUUAAAUUUAAUAACUGAUCAUCAUUCAUCGAAAUAUCCUCCCCAGCGAUAUCCAAGACGAAUUUUGAGAAGACAAUUAGCUAUUUCAUGA